GAAACCAGCAGCAGCAUAGCUCCUCCCUGCCUGUGAAAUGAAACUUAACAGCCCCCUAGAGGCAGGCACUGAACUGAACUGAGACGCAGGCAGCAGAGGAGACAGAAGCUCACAGGUUCAGGACGCAGUUUGUUCUGCCGCCUCUGGGUCUCCAGUCCCCAGCGUCGUGAUGGAGCUCAGCGAUACCCCGGCCAAGUCUCUAGACAAGUUCAUCGAAGACCACCUCCUGCCAAACGAGGAGUUCGGCACGCAGGUCAAAGAAGCCAUUGACAUCAUCUGCACUUUCCUGAAAGAGAGGUGUUUCCGAUAUGCCCCUCACCGAGUUCGAGUGUCCAAAGUUGUGAAGGGCGGCUCCUCAGGCAAAGGCACGACCCUCAGAGGACGAUCAGAUGCUGACCUCGUCGUCUUCUUCACCAAUCUCACAAGUUUUCAGGAACAGCUUGAGCGCCGAGGAGAAUUCAUCGAAGAAAUUAGGAGACAGCUGGAAGCUUGUCAAAGAGAGGAAACAUUUGAAGUGAAGUUUGAGGUCCAGAAACGACGAUGGGAGAAUCCCCGCGUUCUCAGCUUUGUCCUGAGGUCCCCCAAGCUCAACCAAGCGGUGGAGUUCGAUGUCCUGCCUGCCUUUGAUGCCCUGGGUCAGUUGACUAAAGGUUACAGACCUGAUCCUAAAAUCUAUGUCCAGCUCAUCCAAGAGUGCAAGAAACUGGGGAAAGAAGGCGAGUUCUCCCCCUGCUUCACAGAGCUGCAGCGAGACUUCCUGAAGAGUCGUCCAACCAAGCUGAAGAGCCUCAUCCGCCUGGUGAAGCACUGGUACCAAGAGUGUAAGGAGCAGCUUGGAAAGCCAUUGCCCCCACAAUAUGCCCUGGAGCUUCUGACGGUCUAUGCCUGGGAGCAAGGGUGCCAGGAAACAGGAUUCAUCACAGCUCAGGGAUUUCAGACUGUCUUGGAAUUAGUCCUGAAGUAUCAGAAGCUUUGCAUCUACUGGAAAAGGAAUUAUAACUCUGAAAACCCUAUUAUUGAAGAAUACCUGACAAGGCAACUUGCAAAACCCAGGCCUGUGAUUCUGGACCCGGCGGACCCUACAGGAAAUGUUGCUGGUGGAGACCUAGAUAGCUGGAAGCGGCUGGCGCAAGCGGCUUUGGUCUGGCUGGAUUACCCAUGCUUUAAGAAAUGGGACGGGUCUCCAGUGGGCUCCUGGGAUGUGUCGCCCCAAGAACACAGCGACCUGAUGUUCCAGGCCUAUGAUUUUAGACAGUCUUAUAGAUCCUCUCCAAGAACCCAGCUCCAUGAAGGAGCCCCUCCCCAGGUGGAAGAGAACUGGACAUGUACCAUCCUCUGAACGCCAGAGUAUCUUGGAGGCAAGGUCUCCAGAGCCAUCUGGGCCAGCCCUCUUCAUGUCUAGGGCUAGGGGGCCUGGAUCCAAAGACAGCCGUGAAUUGAUGUCAGACCUGGGACCAGAACCCAAGUCUCCUGACCCCCAGCCUUCCCACUAUUCUGUGCUCUCUUUUCUUUCAUAGACAGCCCGCUCCCCAUUGGAGCCUGACAAUAGCCUCUCCGAGACACCAGGAGAGACUCAGGCAAAAGAGUGGAAUCCCAGCCUUGACUUUCUUCUGUGAACCUGGGGGGAAAGGUGAUGGUCUAAUUUAUUGUCAGUAAUAACAAAAAUGGUAGCAAAUGCCAUUUGUUGGGUGUUAAUUAACCUCAAGGUACAGAGCCAAGAAGUAUAUCUACAUAUUAUGUGUGUGUGAGCAUAUUCACUGAUUCAAUUAAAAAUAUUAAUUGGGCACCUGUUCUGUGCCAA